UUCUUGGUGGUACCUGUGGCCUGUGGCGAAUUAGCAAACGCGAAAAGAUAUCAACGGAGUUAUUUUUGAUAAAUUCGUUAUUAGCGUUUCAGUUCAAUCAGUCGUGAUGAUUGGGGCCGUGUUAUCAGUUCUGUGGUCCCAAUGGACUUUGUUUUUGGCUAUUUUACUUUUCGUUGCCUAUAAAUGGCUAACGUCCACCUACGAUUUUUUCGAGAAAAAAAAUGUGCAAUAUGAAAAACCGACAAUCUUUUUCGGGAAUUUUAGAGGACUGCUACUCAGACAAGAGUCGGUUUUUGAUAUGUUCAAACGGAUUUACAUGAAAUUUAAAGAUUACAAAUAUUAUGGCAUGUUUGAACUGCGCAAACCAAACCUUAUGAUUGCCAGCCCUGAAAUUAUUAAACAAAUCACCAUCAAGGACUUCGAUUACUUCCUAAAUCAUAGAGCUGUUUUCGACUCUGAAAAUGAGCCGCUCUUCGGUAACUCUCUGUUCGCUUUAAAGGAUCAAAAGUGGAAGGACAUGCGAGCCACCCUCAGUCCAGCUUUCACCGGGAGCAAAAUGCGUUCAAUGUUUCAAUUUGUGGAGGACUGUAGUCAUAACGCCAGCAAAUUUUUGAAGUCGGAAGCAAAAGACAAAGAACAGAUAGAAAUCGAAUUGAAGGACUUUUUUACCCGCUUCACCAACGACGUGAUAGCAACAUGCGCAUUCGGGGUUCAAGUAAAUUCGUUACUAGACAAGGAUAAUCAAUUUUAUCUUAUGUCGAAGAAAGCUACGAACUUCUCAGGAAUUGCGGUUAUUAAGUUCUUCCUGUUUUCGAGUUUUAAUGAGAUAAUGAAGCUCCUCAAAGUAAGGUUUUUUGAUAAGAAGUUCUCGAAAUACUUCUACAGUCUCGUGUUGGAUACGAUGCAAGAAAGGGCCAAAAAAGGAAUCAUACGCCCGGACAUGAUUAACCUUCUCAUGGAAGCUCGUAAGGGAGUUCUGCAGUCAUCCGAUGUCGGGAAACCCGAAGUGGAAGACGGUUUUGCCGCUGUUCAAGAAUCGAGUGUAAGCCAAAAAGCAGUGGACCAUAUUUGGACCGAUGACGUCUUGGUCGCCCAAUGCUUCGUAUUCUUCGUCGCCGGUUUCGAGACAUCAUCCGUUUUAAUGUGUUUCUGUGCCCACGAGCUAAUGGAGAACCCCGACAUCCAGCAAAAACUAAUCAAGGAAAUCGAUCAAGUUCGUGAGGAACUGGGAGAUAAACCUUUAACAUAUGAAGUUCUUCAACGAAUGCAGUACAUGGAUAUGGUUAUAUCAGAAACACUGAGAAAAUGGCCACCAGCAUUAGUCACAGAUCGUGUCUGCACCAAACCCUAUGUAAUUCGUGAUAAUGAAGGCGAAGGCGUCAAAUUGGUCCCAGGAGAUUCCAUUUCAAUACCCAUCGUUGGCUUGCACCGUGACCCAGACUAUUUCCCCAACCCAGAUAAAUUCGACCCCGAACGGUUUAGCCCGGAAAAUAAAGACCAAAUAAAACCAUUUACUUAUAUACCAUUUGGGGUUGGUCCGAGGAACUGCAUCGGUUCCAGAUUUGCAUUAAUGGAAGCUAAGGCAAUUAUCUUCCAUUUGUUAUCGGAAUUUACUUUUGAGGCUUCCCCACGGACACGCAUCCCGAUAUCUUUGGACAAAAGUGGUUUCCAAAUCAAACCGGAGGGCGGGUUCUGGAUCAGGUUCAAACCUAGAGUGUGAAGUUACUCAUUACUAUGACCAAGUGUACUAAUCGAAAUAAAGUAAUAGGAUAGCGA